AUGGCUCUCCCUUCGAAACGUGUCGCUGUGAUCGGUGCAGGUAUCAGUGGUGUCGUUGCUGCGGCCCACCUCAAGAAAGAAGACAUCGAUGUCACCGUCUUUGAGCGAAGUAGUGCUGCAGGAGGCAUAUGGCUGUACGACGAGCGAAAGCCUCUUGAGCCAUUGUAUUCAGGAGUGCCAAUUUCGAAGACUGGCAGUACAUACGCAAGUGAAGAGUCAGAAGAUGUGCAAAGGCGGAUCCAUGCACCACCAGGGCAAGUUCAGAUAUUUGAAGAUCCAUGCUAUAUCGGCUUGAAAAACAAUGUAAGCACCCGCUUACUAGAGACCACAUUGAACAAGUUUCCGCCUGGAACUGAGGACUAUGUGACGCACAAUGUUUUAGCAGAUUAUAUACAGGACACUGCCAUUGUGACAGGAGUACACGAAGCUACACAGUAUGAUACGAAUGUAAAAAAUGUCUGGAAAGAUGGCGAUUCAUGGUCAGUUGAGACGACGACUCUGCAGACAGAUAGUACAGGUGUGGAAACGUGGAACACUUCUACUCAGGUUAGUGCUUCCAUGACCAUACAAACCAUGAUUCUGACAUGCGUACAGAAAUUCGACGCUGUAGUCGUUGCUUCAGGACAUUACCAUGCACCAAGAGUUCCAGAUACCCCUGGUUUGGCCGACUGGAAGAAGAGAUGGCCAGAUAGGGUAGAACAUUCGAAGCGCUAUAGAAAGCCUGAAAAUGCUGAAAACAAGAAUUAUCUGCUUGUUGGUGGAAGCGUCUCAGCAACGGAUAUUGCGCGCGAGCUCAGCCCAUACGCCAACAAGAUUAUCCAAAGCCAAAGGAACGGCAAAUUCGAUCUUCCUCCAGCAAUGCUUCCCGAAAAUGCCUACCGGGUCGACGAGGUAGUGUCGUACGAUGCGCCCAACGCGGAUGAAUCGAAGCCCUUAGGCCCAUCAGAAGCCAUACCAGGCACAGUGACUCUCAAAUCAGGAGAGAAAAUCUGUGACAUUCACCAUGUUAUACUCUGCACAGGAUACCACCUUACAUUGCCGUUUCUGCCGCAACUUCAUUCGGACGACACGCCGGUCGACAAGGCAGACGAUACACUGUUGGUGACGGACGGAACACAAUUCCACAAUUUACACAAAGACAUUUUCUACAUCAAUGAUCCUACGCUUGUGUUCGUUGGUGUUCCUUUCUUCACUGCCACCUUCUCCCUGUUCGAGUUCCAAGCCAUGGCCGUUGCCAAGGUGCUCUCUGGUCAGGCGAAGCUUCCAAGCCAAGAAGCCAUGCGGUCCGAGUACAACGAGAGAAUAAAGACAAAAGGCUACGGCAAAGACUUUCACAGUCUACGGGAUCAAGAGGCAGAAUACGUCAAUGACCUUUUAGCCUGGGUCAAUGCUGAUUUGGAGAAGACGGGCAAAACCAAGCUCAAUGGGCACAGCAGUCAAUGGCUCAGUCUAAAAGCAGAAAUCGUGGCAAGGAUGAAGGCAUUUUUCACCACGCCGGUCUUGGAAAAGAGGCUUGAACCGCAUAAAUGGUAUUAUUACCUAUGGGAUACACUCGACAAGCCAAAGGAGGAACGAUGGUUUAUGUUUAAGCUUGAUGCUGCGUUGUUGACUUUUGCGUCGUUGGGUUAUUUCAUCAAGUAUCUUGAUCAGAUGAAUAUCAACAGUGCUUUUGUGUCUGGAAUGAAAGAGGAUCUUGGGUUAUAUGGCAAUCAACUUAAUUACAUGCAGACUUGCUGGACGGUGGGAUACGUUAUUGGGGAGAUACCGAGUAACAUCAUCUUGACCCGUGUUCGACCGUCGAUUUGGAUUCCCGCUAUGGAGCUCACAUGGGCAGUCCUGACGUUCUGUCUCUGUCGCGCCAAGAACGCAGAAACAAUCUACGCUUUACGAUUUCUCAUCGGUCUCGCCGAAUCUACUUUCUAUCCUGGCAUGCAAUACAUAAUCGGGUCAUGGUACCGCAAAGAAGAACUCGCCAAGCGCUCCUGCAUCUUCCACACCAGUGGCGCAAUCGCAACCAUGUUCUCAGGCUACCUCAUGUCCGGCGUCUACAGACUGGACGGCAAAGGCGGCUUCAGAGGCUGGCAAUGGCUCUUCAUCGUCGACGGCAUCAUCUCCAUCCCCAUUGCCCUCAUGGGCUUCUUCUUUCUGCCCGACCUCCCCGAAAUCUCCAAACCCUUUUACCUGACAAAAGAGGAAGUCAAGUUCGCACAGGAGCGCAUGCAGCGCGAGGGCCGCCAAAAACGACAGCCCUAUACUCGAGCUAAGAUCUGGAAGAUCUUUACGUCCUGGCAUAUUUACGCCCUCGUGUUCCUUUACAUCUUUUUCAACAACGGUAACUCGGGCGCGCAGCCUGUGUUCCAGCAGUUUCUCAAGUCGAGUAAGCAUCCAAAGUAUACCAUUACUCAGAUCAACACGUACCCAACAGUCACCAACGCCGUCCAAGUCGUAACCACCCUCCUCUACGCCUGGACCAGCGACAGCAUCCUCAAAGGCUCGCGCUGGCAACCCAUAGUCUUCGGCGGCUGCGUAAACAUAAUGUGCUACGUAAGCCUCGCCAUCUGGGACAUACCCAUCAAAUGGAAGUGGGCCUGCUACAUCCUAACGGGCUUCGGCGGCGGCAUCUCCGGCCUCUGCUACGCCUGGGCACACGAAAUAUGCACGCAUGACAACGAGGAGCGCGCCAUUGUGGUGGCUUCUAUGAACGAAAUGGCAUACGUGGUUCAGGCGUGGUUGCCACUCGUCGUGUGGAAGCAGGUCGAGCAGCCGAGGUACCACAAGGGCUUUAUUACGGCCGCGUGCUUGAGUUUUAUGAUGAUUGUUACGGCGUUGACGACGCGCGCGCUGCAUUUGAGGGAGUUGGGGCAGAGGAGCGAGGCGCGGGAGGAGGGGCAACUCCUCUUCGUCCUCGACCUUUUCCUCAGAGGCAUGCCGAUACAGGAUGUAAUGUUGCACCAUGAAGAUGAUGUCAAAGACGAUGGUAAUGUUACCAAGGCCAAACUUGACUGGAUUGCCAGUGACACCGCUCCAGUCGUUUUCCAGCGCAGAGUCGAUGCACAGCUGUGCAAGUGA